GAAGGGUGAGACGCAUCGAUGCCUUCUUCUUCGCAUAUAUAAACUUGUCAGUAUCGCAAAUAUUUUGCAUUAUGUUUCUGUCUCCUCUCCUAUAUACAAAUUCAACAUGAAGACAACGUUUCAAAUCCUGAUAUCAAUUUGCCUGUCAUCGGUGGUGUUGUCAUUGGAAAAACCUCUGCAAACACCGGUUUACAUUGGCUAUCAGGAUAGUUUGGGACAAUAUAGUUUUGGAUACAGUGCACCAGAAUCAGCGAGAUCGGAAGUUCGUCAGGCAAAUGGUGAAACGAGAGGAUCAUUCAGCUAUGUUGAUACUGAUGGUGUGAUUCAACGUGCAAAAUAUACGGCCGAUGAGGAGCAUGGCUUUCAAAUAGCGGCGACUAAUCUUCCACGAGCUGUUGAAGAUACACCUGAAGUGAUGGCAGCUAGAGAAGCUCAUUUGAAAGCAUUAAAAUUGGCCUAUCAACGUGAAGAGCAUGAGCAAUCAAUGUUGAAUCAUCAACAAUUUCUGCAACAAUUAAAACGCACGAAUCAUGAAGUAUUGAGUCAACAGAAUAAGGAUCAACAACCUUUAGAUCAGCAGCAUUCGGAUCAGCAAUUAGGUCAACAGAAUUCUGAUCAGAGUCAACCAAGUUUGGUGAUAUUGAAUCAGCAACGAAUAGGCGAACAAAUUUCGGAUCAGCCGUUGAUAGGUGAACAAAAAUUGAAUCAAGAACAUUCGGAUCAAAUAGUUUUAGAUCGAAAACAAUUAGGAGCAAUUAAGGAGCAACCAUUGGUUCAACAAGAUUCGGAUCAGAAACCAUUGGAACAACAAUAUUCGGAGCAGCAACAGUUGGCUCAAAAAUAUUCGGAUCAGCAACAAUUAGCUCAAGAACAUUCGAAUCAGCAACAGUUGGCUCAAAAAAACAAGGAUCAGGAACAAUUGGCUGAAAAAUAUUUGGAUCAGCAACAAUUAGCUCAACAACAUUCAGAUAAGCAACCAUUAGUUCAACAAUAUUCGAAUCAGCAACAAUUGGCUCAAAAAUAUUCGAAUCAGCAACCAUUAGCUCAACAAUAUUCGAACCAGCAACAAUUGUCCAAAAAAUAUUCGGAUCAACAACAAUUGACUCAAAAAUAUUUGGAUCAGCAACCAAUUAUUCAACAACAUUCGGAUCAACAACAAUUAGUUCAACAACAUUCAGAUAGGCUACCAUUAAGUCAACAACAUUCAGCUCAGCAACAAUUGGCUAAAAAAUAUUCGGAUCAGCAAACAUUAGUUCAACAACAUUCGGAUCAGCAACACUCUGAUAAGCAACCAUUAGCUCAACAACAUUCGGAUCAGCAGCAUUCAUCCGAUCAACCAAAAAGUAAAUCAGUUCACGAUCAACUUUCGAAGCAAGAAUCUCCGGCUCCUCAGUCUAGUCAUAAAACCUUAGGAAUCCAACAUUCAGAUCAGCAACAUUAUCAAGAGAAGCUGUUGGACCUACAACAGUCGGAUCAGUUAAAUCAGAACAAACUGGACCAACCAAAACUGAAUCACCCACAAUUGGACAUUCGAAAAUCGAAUCAACAACAAUUGGAUCAAUCGCAAUCAGUGAGCUACGAAAGUACCAAGAAUAAUCCAAUUUUGAGGCCAAUUUUAAGAAUACAACAAUCUAACCAAAAAGUACUGCUCCCAAGUCUGAAUAAUCAACCAGUUUCGAUAAAUCAUCAAAAUCAGAACACACCUUUGGAACAGUCUUUGAGGCAACAAAAUUUAAGAAAUCCACUACUGUCUCAACGGCAAACAAUUGGACAAUUUGGUCAAAAAUUGACUCCACUGAGGCAACAACAAUCGGAGCAACAGUCUGAUCAAUCUCAGUUAUUAAAAUUAGAAAAAAAUGAUCAAAAACAACAUACGAUUCAUCAACGAAUACUAACUGUUGACCAGCCACUAAAUUCAGUAUCACAAAAUUCUGAUCAAUUGAAGAAAAAUUCUGAUCAAAAUUAUUUACCAGGACAAACUGGUCAAAAACAAUUGAAUAAUCAACAACAAUUUGAUCAACAGCAAUCGAAUCAACAAUUAGGCCAACAACAAUUAGGCCAACAACAAUUGAAUCCACAACAAUUUGAUCAACAUCAGCUGAAUCCACAAUUUGGUCAGAAUCAAUUAAAUCCACAAUUGGGACAGAAUCAGUUGAAUCCACAAUUGGGUCAACAACAGUUAAAUCAUCAACAAUUUGAUCUUCAACAGUUGAAUACACAAUUAGGGCAAAGUCAAUUGAAUCCACAAUUAGGUCAGAGUCAAUUGAAUCUACAAUUAGGUCAGAAUCAGUUGAAUCCACAAUUAGGUCAACAACAGUUAAAUCCGCAACAAUUUGAUCAGCAGCAGGUGAAUCCACUACAAUUGGGUCAAAAUCAGUUAAAUCAGCAACGAUUUGAUUUGCCACAAUUAAAUCCACAAUCAUUGGGUCAAAAUCAGUUUAAUCAACAACAAUUUGAUCAGCCGCUGUUGGGUCAAAAUCUGUUAAAUCAACAAUUUAGUUUUCAUCGAGUGAAUCCACAACAAUUGGGUCAAAGUCAGUUAGGUCAGCAACAAUUUGAUCAGCAACCGGUGAAUUCACAACAGUUGGGUCAAAAUCAAUUAAAUCAGCAACGAUUUGAUUUGCAGCAGUUUAAUCCACAACAAUUGGGUCAAAAUCUGUUGAAUCAGCAACAAUUCGAUCAGCAACAGUUGAAUCCACUACAAUUGGGUCAAAAUCCAUUUAAUCAGCAGCAGUUUGAUCAGCAACAGUUUAAUCCUCAACAAUUGGGUCAAAAUUUGUUAAAUCAGCAACAAUUGAAUCCACAACAAUUGGGUCAAAGUCAGUUAGGUCAGCAACAAUUUGAUCAGCAACAGUUAAAUCCACAACAAUUGGGUCAAAAUCCGUUAAAUCAACAGCAGUAUGAUCAGCAACAGUUUAAUCCUCAACAAUUGGGUCAAAAUCAAUUGAAUUCACAACAAUUGGGUCAAAAUACGUUAAAUCAGCAACAAUUCGAUCAGCAACAGUUGAAUCCACAACAAUUGGGUCAAAAUCCGUUAAAUCAACAGCAGUAUGAUCAACAACAGUUUAAUCCUCAACAAUUGGGUCAAAAUCAAUUGAAUCCACAACAGUUGGGUCAAAAUCCGUUAAAUCAUCAACAGUUGGGUCAAAAUCAAUUUAAUCAACAGCAAUUUUAUCCACAACAAUUGGGUCAUCUACAAAGUAAUCCACAACAAUCAAAUCCACAGCAAUUAAAUCAGCAACUAUUUGAUAAACAACAAUUUGCGCAACAGCAAUUGGAUCAGAUACAAUUGUCUCAGCAUUUGUAUAAUGUGCAGCACUUGAGUCAACAGCAACAUUUGGAUCCACAAAAGUUGGCUCAACGUCAUCAAGAAUUGAUAAAUGCCGCUCAAUUGGAAUUGCGUCCAGAGCAAUUGCUUCAACAGGAAUUGAUUCAACAACAAAAUUCUCCACAAUUUUUGGGUCAACAACAAUUGGCACAAUUCCAACGACAACAAUUAAAUCCACAACGUUCGCAACAAUUAAACGAUGAUUCUGUGCGUUUAACAAAAAUUCUUUUUGCACAAGCCACUAAUCCCUAUCAAGUUCCUGGUAUUUUACAAGGACCUGGAGUUGAUAAGCAAUUGUUAUCGCAGCCAAGUAAAAAAAUUGACGAACAAAAAGAUGUUCAACAAAAUUUUCAAAAUGUUGACUCAACUCUAAGUCAAUUGGAGUCUGAUAAAAAAGAGCAGGUGCAACCUGGAUUUUUGAAACAUCAAGGUGAAUCACAAAGUCAUGGCAUGAUAGCAAGCUGGAUAAGGAAGAAUGAGACACGUCCAUCGGAAGAAUUUAUGGCGCAGUCUAAUCUCAAGGAUAAAGAAAACACACCCAUUAAUGUUGGCAGUCAAUUAUUUCAACUUCUUACGCCUGGACACAUUAGUAAACCCUUCAUUGUUCCAUCAAAUUAUAUUCCUGUAAAAAAUGCCAACAACAAGGAAGGUGGAAUGCUUUCGCAACCAGCAUUUUCCGUACAAUGUUUUAUAACACGAGCCGAUCAGCUUGGAAAUCUCGUUGAUGUAAAUUAACGCCCUUUUUUUUUUUUGAUAGACAGACGGCUAAUAAUUUUAUGAUUUUAAGCCUGUCACUCCAAGUCAUUUUUUUUUUCUUAGAGAUUUAAGACAUUAUUUUCCCUUCGUUUUUCUUCUUCUUUUUUUCUUUUAACAAGUCUUUUCUAUAUAAAAAAAAACAAAAAAAAAACCAAUAAUUAUACGAAUAUUAACAGUGAAAUAUUAAAAUUUAAUUUACAAAUCUCUACAAUUUAA